GAGCAAUUCCUAGUGUGGCACGCCGCUUUAUGUACUAACAUUUCUAGCGCUGCGACUCGCGAGCGUGGUGAAACUCCUCGUGUUUGCCACCUUUACCGCUCCUUUUAUACGUCCACCCGACAAGCUUCCAUUCUUUUCAUUCUUUCAUUCUUUUUACAGUUGGCGCCGGUCGCCCUCCCAAGCCAUGUUAUCCUCCGUCGGUACAUCCAUUCCUCACAUCCGCAUUUCCCCUGCUUCGCCAGUCAAGGCAUGUCCAGAGCCCUACUCCCCGUUUCUCUCCGCACGCAACACAGACAAGGAUAAUUGCGAGCACCGCCCACAGUCGCCGAGCUCACAAUAUCACUUUCCAGCCAUAUCUCCCAGGCAUUCGUCUCCUCUUCGUCCUGCAGACUGUCCUCCUCCAAGAGAACUUCAUCGUGAUCAGUUUGAUCUGCUUCUCGAAGUGUCGCGUGACAAGAGAGCUGCGCUCGGUUCGAGAAAGGUCCCAGAUCUGCGCAAGGAACUUGCCAUCAAGAACCAGAGAAAUAAACAACUCGAACGUCGUGCAUCCUUCCUAUCAAGAAUCCAGGAACCUACGUUGUCUACUACGGGUUCUAAGAGUUCUGCGGAGUUCUCUGGCGUUAAUUAUUGCACAUUCCCAUCUCUCGGCCUCGGCUCGCCGUCUUUUUACUCAUCUGUCGAGGAGCAUGAUGGUUGGAUUGGAAAAGGCCUCCACGAGCGCCGCACCUGGCACGGACAGACGGAUUGUCGUUUACCUAUCAGCAAGCCCAAGGCAGACCUGAACUUGGGUAGACGCAAACUUCCAUCGCUGGAAGAGAUCAUCGCCCGCGUUGGACCACCCCAUCCUCCCCCACCGAUGGCCAAUGAGCCAAUCUUUGCAACACCCCGUCUACCCAUGUUCCUAAGGAGCGACAAAAACUCAUCGUCUACGCGGACUGUCUCGGACACGAAACCUAGUAUCAACAUCGGCAGAUUACAUAUGCCCAUCAGGCGCCGUCAGAGCAGUGACUCUAUUUCUUAUAUGCGGACAGGUGCCAUGCCCAACUCUCCUUGUUACCCGAACAUCGAGGUAGCCAGUCCUCGUGCUCGUGGUAAUGCGAUGUGCAAGUUCACUGAGUCCAAUAUGCACGCCCUUGGCCGAGCCAACACUGCUCGUGAAAUGAUAAUCACCAUCAAACGUCGCACGUCCCCUCCUCCCGUAUGCCUCGCAAACCAUCAACCUAGGUCAAAGAGACACAGCGCUCCCGCGGAGAUGCAACUAAGAGGACGCUCUGGCUUCGAGCAUCCCAUUAUGUCAUUGCCUGGGGCUUUUUGAACACAUAGACAUUUUGGACUUUAUCUUGGUACUGCCGUGCAGUCAUCUCCAUGGACAGCUUAUUGGACCUAGUCUUCUCCUUAGUGUAAAUACGCUGCCGCGUGUCUUGAUGACACGGGGUUGCGUAACCGUCUGGACACAAAUCCACUGCUUCUUUUACUUCUUACCGCACCGCGUUGUACGAUCGCGAAUCCUGUCUGGUACACGUGCGCUCCUUCGACACCACUGCCUACGCUUACACACCAUCAUUUACGUGUUGCCAUUAGUAGUUCUUACUAGUACGAGUACAACUUUUCCGAGGGAGUAUAUCCCCUUGGGUAUGGGUAUUAUGCACACAAGGGCUGUCGGUACUUGAUUACU